CUCCCGACGCGGGAGGCGGGGCGCAGCCGCAGCCGUAGCGGUCGAGUGGUCUGCGUUUCCGCAUAGGUGUAGGUGCGGGAUAGGGCCAAAUCGAGCGAAGCCUUCAGUCCUAGGGGAUGGAGGAUGGGGCCCUUCCUGGAGCAGCUGGCGGUGCUCGUCGUGGCGUUGGUGGCCGCGGCGCUUAUCCUGCUUGCUUUUGUUGCAUUUCUGUCUGCUACCAAAAUUCCAGACAUUUACUGGCGCAAGGAAGAGAAUUUCUUUUUAAAUGCAGCUGGCAAGAAGGAAGCUUUACCUACUAUACAUGAUGCACCAACUAAGCAGUUGUCUAUUAUUGUGCCUUCUUAUAAUGAAGAAAAACGAUUGCCUCUGAUGAUGGAUGAAGCUCUGGGAUAUCUAGAGAUGAGACAGAAACAAGAUCCUGCAUUCACAUAUGAAGUGAUUGUGGUUGAUGAUGGCAGCAAAGACCAGACUUCACAGGUUGCUCUUAAUUAUUGCCAAAAAUAUGGAAAUGACAAAGUGCGAGUAAUAACACUAUUGAAAAAUCGUGGAAAAGGUGGAGCUAUCAAGACGGGUGUAUUCACUUCUCGAGGGAGAAAGGUCCUUAUGGCAGAUGCUGAUGGAGCCACAAAAUUUGCAGACCUGGAAAAAUUAGAAAAGGAACUUGGAAACCUACAGCCUUGGCCUGAUCAAAUGGCUAUUGCUUGUGGAUCUCGAGCUCAUCUGGAGAAAGAAUCAAUAGCUCAGCGUUCCUAUUUCCGAACUUUUCUCAUGCAUGGAUUCCACUUUCUGGUGUGGUUCCUCUGUGUCAAAGAAAUCAGAGAUACACAAUGUGGUUUCAAAUUGUUAACUCGAGAAGCAGCCUUGCUGACUUUUUCAAAUUUGCACGUUGAGCGAUGGGCAUUUGAUGUAGAACUUCUUUAUAUUGCGCAAUUUUUUAAAAUUCCAAUAGCGGAAGUUGCUGUCAACUGGACUGAAAUUGAAGGUUCUAAGCUGGUCCCAUUUUGGAGCUGGCUACAGAUGGGCAAAGAUCUACUUUUUAUACGACUUCAAUAUUUGACUGGUAUCUGGAAACUUGUAAACACUCGGAAAAAAAAUUAGGUCAUUUACAAUUAUUGAGGAUAUUCAUGUGCACAAUUGCCAUUUCAGUUGAAAUUAAAUAUUAAAUAAAAUUGAGCUAAAGCUA